CACGCAAGGUUGGUUACACCUCUAUCCUUCUUAGGACAUUGCACACACAUACCAGCUCCGCCUGUGUAAACAGCUGCCCUCAGGUGUUUUAAACUCAGAAAGUGUCCAUCAAUGAUUCACUCUGUUGAAGUGAACCUUCUUCAUACUGACUGACUGUGUUAGAGAUCCGACCUGAGAUCAGCCUCAGUCCUGAACCUGAACAAGUAUCUGCACACAGUGGGAGAGGAAUGGCAGUCUGUAAUAUACGGUCACCAUCCUCCUCGUCUCAAGAAGAUGUCAACCUGGGACCUUCAGCGAACCCACAUGCCAGGCCCACUGACUUUGACUUCUUGGCUGUCAUUGGCAAGGGGACCUUUGGAAAGGUGCUGCUCGCCAAGCUCAAAGCCGACAGCAAAUUCUACGCCGUCAAAGUGCUGCAGAAGAAGGUCAUCCUGAAGAAGAAAGAGCAAAAGAACAUCAUGGCCGAGAGAAACGUGCUGCUGAAGAGUCUCAAACAUCCGUUUCUGGUGCGGCUCCACUACUCCUUCCAGACAGCUGAGAAACUUUACUUUGUCCUGGACUACGUAAACGGGGGAGAGUUGUUCUUCCACCUGCAGAGAGAGAGAUGUUUCUCUGAGCCCAGAGCGAGGUUCUACGCUGCGGAAGUAGCGAGCGCCAUCGGCUACCUUCAUUCUCUCAACAUCGUUUACAGAGAUCUGAAACCAGAGAAUAUUCUCCUUGACUCUCAGGGCCAUGUGGUACUGACAGAUUUUGGGCUGUGCAAAGAAGGUGUGGAGCCCGAGGGAACGACCUCGACUUUCUGUGGGACUCCAGAAUACUUGGCUCCAGAGGUUCUUCGUAAGGAACCGUAUGACCGGACAGUGGACUGGUGGUGUCUGGGAGCAGUUCUCUAUGAGAUGAUCUACAGUCUGCCUCCGUUCUACAGCCGUGACGUCAAUGAAAUGUAUGAUGGGAUCCUCCACAAGACGCUGCCUCUGCCUCAGGGGAAGUCUGAGGCCCUGGGCUCUCUGCUGGUGGGUCUCCUGCAGAAGGACCAGCACCGACGCCUCGGGGCCAUCGCUGACUUUUUAGAAAUAAAGAACCACACAUUCUUCGCUCCAAUCAACUGGGACGACCUCGACCACAAGAGAAUCACUCCUCCCUACAACCCCAAUGUGAGAGGGCCAGCUGACACUCAACACAUUGAUCCAGAGUUCACCAGAGAGAUGGUUCCCAGCUCGGUGGGUCGGACGCCGGAGCUCAACGCCGGCACCAGCUGCAACAACGCCUUCAACGGCUUCUCCUUUGUGGGCAACGACGACAGCUUUCUGUGAGACGUUUGGGUCUCGUGGAAACAAGAGCUACUCACACACUGGGGUACCCACUGUGUAUUUAUCAUGUUUGACCUCUGUGGAAAUGUCCCAAUAGUUCCUCUUGAGGGUGUAGAAAAAAAGGGGCCUUGUAUAAAACCAACUGCCUGCGAUGAGGUAUUUUUAAAGGUUCAAAGAUGGCCGUCGACAGAUUAAUGGAAGAAUCGAUAUAAAUUGUCUUGCUAAUUUGUUGGGCCACCAUGAGGCGCCAGAACAACUUUGGUGCACGUUGAUUCUACAAGUCCCUGGAUGGAUUGGGCACUAUUUUUCAAAAAUACAUUCCCUCAUUUGGUUCGGAUGUCGAUGGUGGAGAGAGCUGUUUAAAUGAGACCAGUCAGGAUGAGACCAGGUGACACAGCCUCUGAUUCAGAUCAUGUUCAAGGCCGUGCUUUAGAAAACUUGUCGUUCUCUUUCUCUACUAGUUUUUCAGGGUUUUGGAUGAUCUUACCAAAUACACAAGGCUCAUAAGAUGUGGGAGAAACUUUAUAUUCGUUUUGCAAAGGAAUGAAGAACGUGUUAAAAGUUUUUUGUACACAACUGAAAAAACACAACCCUUAUGUUCCAGUGUGCUUUAAAACGGAGAUUCAGAUCCAGAAAACCUAAAGAAAUUACUUUUUUUUUUUCAAUGAUAUGGAGACAAAUGUACAAAUGUAGCUUUUAAAUCGUUUUUUAACACCAGAUAUCAGUGUGAUGUUUUUGCCAGAUUGUUCAGGACUCUAUUGGCUUUGACCUGAUUUGACACUGUUGAGCAGGAUAAGAUUUCUCAGGGAAACUGCUGCUUCACUCUGUGACACAAGGACAGAUUGUUGUGCCUCAUAAACUUCCCAUGCUUCCUGUUCAUUUGCUUUUCUUACUACAUAAAACAACACAUAGAAAAGAAAAAGAUAAAAGUACAAUGUUUAGAAAGCAAGUGAUCAACUGGGGUUUUCUUCCUCCUUAAAAACCUGAAACCUGAAAAUAUUUGAUCAAAGAAACAAAGGAGGUUUGGGGAAAAAAGCAGUACAUGAUGUAAAUGAUGUUGUUUAUUUGGUUUAUGUGAAUUGUGCUUUUAUUUCAAUGCUGGAAAUGAGGAAAUUUUUCAUAUUUGUUAGUCUGGACAUUAUUACAGACAGUCAUAUUAAUUAGUUUUAUUUCAUGAUAUGUAACAGGCUACAACUUAGAUUAUAUAUAAAGAUGGACGACGUAUCCCCACUUCCUCCCAAUAUCCCAGAGACAAAUGCUGCCAUAUUUUGUAUUGCAUGCUGCUGGAAAAAUGAACACAGACAGUGACCAUAUCUGAGAUACUUUUAUUUUACGUGUAUUUUGAAUUUUUUACCUUUGCUCCGCUCACAUGGGAGGCAGGAUUUAUGACCUUUUGGCUUCACUUUUGGGGCGCUGUCAGGUCAUCCAUCUUUAAGUCCAGUCUAUGGGUUAAAAUUGUUUGUGCCGUUGUGAAAAUACUGUAUCUAGCAUCUGUAAAUAUACAGUAGCAAUAGGAUCAUGUUCUGCAGCCAUGGGAUUUUAUCAGUGUAAACCAUGAAGUGCCUCUCUGCCUUAUUAGAGUUGGAUGGAGUUUGAUGUUGGCAGUUGCGGCUGACAGUUAGAAAAUGAACAUGUGAUGUCCUUGAGUUUGAUUUAUAUUGUCUUUCAUAUACACAUGCAGUCUUGUUAAUGCGUCUGAUAUUAAAGACGCAGCAAUUCCAGAAGAAAGCACAUUACUAUUUACCUCCUCGAGGUUUGAAUUUCUCAGAACACUCGAUCAGAUGCUUUUCUAUGAAACUAAAUUCACUAACAGGGAAAUCACAAUGUAUUUCCUCAGACAACGGCUUUAAAUGAAUGAAUGAAUGAAUGAAAUGUUGGGACAGGAGAGAAAUGCUUCUCUGACUCUGCUUGUUCACUGUUUGCCUUCUAAAAAAUGUAACUCGCGUGAGAAGCUGUCACCCCCGACUGAUCCUGUAAACACAGAGCUGUCACGCUGCCAGCAGCAGCAGCAUUAUGGGCUGAUGACUGCAGAACAAAAAUCCAUAUGUGUGUGGGUGUGUACAUAGUAAACAUGUUAAUAAAUCAAACAGAUGUCCAAACGUUGACAUGUUCUUUUGAUUGAACCAUUACACAUGAUGCUGUGUGCAUAAUGGAAACAAUGUUCUUGAUGACUAACCAGCAUGUAAUUGUUCUAUGUUGCAAUACUUUCAUUCAUCUUGAGUUUCUCCAUUUCAUAUUUAGAUAUAGGUGCACAACGCAGCUGUUACUAUAAUAUAGACAAUAUAAUAUUGCACAAAGAGCUUCUCAAACAGAAUGCCUCUUUCAGGAAAUACUGAGUUUUUGUGAAAUAGAGGAGAAAAAGAAAAUCUGAACCCGUCUGUUUGUGCUUGUUGCUACACAUUUCUCGAACAUUUAUUGGAUAAGCUGAAUAUUCUUAAAACAUUGUAGAUCCACUCAGUUGUAACUACAAAUGUAACUAGAAAUGUCCGGCGGUCCAACAGUAUGUAGCAGUGCAUUACUGCAUUUACAAUCCUAAUCAUAUAUAGUCAGUGGUGGGAAGUAGCGAAGUAGAAAUACUUUGUUACUGUACUUAAGUAGAUUUUUCACAUAUCUGUACUUUACUUGAGUACUGAUUUUUCCUGAUGACUUUUUACUUUUACUCACUACAUUUGAACACAAGUUUCUGUACUUUCUACUUCGUAUAUAUAAAGAAGUGCAAAUAGGGUAUUGUUAAAAAUAUAUUCUUACUGCUUGUAUAACAGAGCAGGUCAAGGAUCUCCGGGAGAAGACAAACACAUUUGAGGCGUAACCAAAUAUACUCGAGGAGUUUAAGCUGGGCCUGCGACAGGCCUGACCUUUGGGCUGACCUUUUUGCCAGUCUGUUUCUGUGUCUGUCUUACCUGCCUGCCUACCUGAUAGAACCUUGCAGUCCCUUUGUACUCAGGAUCUUUGGUUGUAUCUGAACUGACCAGCCUGUCAGCACUCUCGGUUUUGUGGCCUAUUUAGGUUUUGAACAUUUCCUUCGUAAACUCCUGAUUGUGUAAAUAAAAUUCCAUACGUGCA